AUGCACCAACAGAAAGACUCUCUUUCAACAAUAGCAGCAACAACCUUUGCACAUUCUCCAACGCGCUCGGAACCAGGAGAAACGAUCAUUGCAAUGGGUGAAGAGGAUGAUACCACUUCUCUUCCACUUGGAGUUUUGUAUUCUUCUACGGCCAUAGGAACCAACAAACAUGAAAGACGAAUGAAUCAGGACCAUCCUGUGGAUGACCCGAAACAACAACAACGAUCUUCCUCUUCUUCUUGCGAAUCUCUGGUUAGUUGUAGUAGUAUCAAUGCCAAGUCGGAUAAAAAACAUUAUUCGUGGCUUUGGAAACUCAUGAAAUGGCCACCGCAAUGUAUUACAAUCAUGAACGUGGUUUUGAUGUUAUUUAUUUUGCAAGGAUUGUUUGGAUUGUUUUCUUCAUUUAUUUUGCUCUACACAACAGGAGAUAAUAUUGUGCAAAGGUCAAUCGCCAAACAAAAGCUUCAAAUGAAUCUAGUUAUGGAUUACGAACUGAGUGACUUGAUCAAAACGACGUCGUUGGCAAUUAAUCAUGUUUUAUAUCAAUCCCUUGAUGUUAAUGUAAAUGAUAAUCUAGGUUGGCUAAAACUUUUCGAUAACUUGAAAAGGGUCUAUCAGUACAAAUUACCAAUUCAAAUGUCAUAUUUUGGAAGAUUUGAUCAGAGCAUGGUUGGAUUAGAACUGACCUAUGUGAGAAUUUUUCACAAAUCUCAAAAUGCAGUCAAUUUAACUAGACCUGUCACUGACUAUCAUGUCAUUAAUGAUAUAGAUAAUAUUUUAGCUCCAUCCAAUAUUAUGGCCAGUUAUUAUUCCAGUGUUGAUAUGACAGCAAGACCUUGGUAUAAACCUUUUGUGAAUACAACCAACCCAAAAAUUUUGUGGAGCCCGUUUUUCUACUCCGCUCUUUCGCUCUAUCCGUCCAUUGCAGCCUGCAUACCUAUUUAUAUUAAUAGCACUAUUUCAAGUUUAAAUGCAAAUUAUUCCAGCACUGCUAUAUAUCCUAGCUCUACCGCUCCUAGGAUACCCAGCCAUUUAUUUGGAGUAAUUGGAAUUCAACUGAAUGUGAAAAAUAUCUCUGACACUUUAACUAAAUCAGCCAUUCGAGCAGGUGUGGCUGCUUCAUUUAUUAUUAAUUCACAAGGACAAAUGGUUGCUGCUACCAAAUUUUUAGGAUAUCCUUCAUUACAGAACGAAUCAGAUAUUAUUAUGAACGCACUUGUCAAUGAAACAAUUUCGAGAGGAUUUUUGCAACAAAUUACUGCUUGGAAAAACGCACCUUCCAAUCAACAGCUACAAGGAUUGGCAAUCAAGGAAGCAGGAAGUUUUUCUUUUCAAACAGGACAAACACCUACUCUAGAUAUUGUGUUAUUUACAAUCACUGAUCAAUAUGGACUUAAUUGGGGCUCUGUUAUUGCAGUACCUCAACGAUUGUUUGUUGAAGAAGUGCUUCAAAGUAGUAUUUCGUCCGUUGUCAUAUUUGCGGUUGUUUUAUUCCUUGGUUUAAUUAUUAUAAUUUCAGUUGUUCAAUUCAUUCAACUCUCUUUGAGGGGAAUCAAGCAUCAAAUGAAGGAAUUAGUGGCUGGGAAUUUUAGUUCCGUUCGGCUUGACAAAAGAGUUUCGAUGGGAUUUAGCGUAUUAUAUGACAUUCGUCAAAUGCAACAAAGUUUAAAUAGCAUGCGUGUAGGUCUAAGCAUUUUCUCUAAAUAUGUGCCAGAUGUCAUCGCCAAGAAGUUCGCCGGAGAAGCAAUGAUUUCAAGAAACAUGUCCAUACUGGUCAUGGACCUGUAUGGAUUUACUCUUCUUGCUGAAAAAACAGAUCGAGUGAGCUUUAUUUCACUGAGCACCGAUCUCUUCUCAGAAAUUUAUGAGAUCGUUGAAAAUCACAAAGGAUCAAUUGAUAAGUAUGCCGGUAAUAGAAUAGUAGCAUAUUGGAAUGGACCAAAAACUAGUGUGAAAGAUCAUGAGAUACUGGCAUGCAAUGCUGCCGUUCAAAUUGUACAAUGUCUCGCCAAGUUAAAUUCGAGGUGGAGGAAAAUUAAUUAUCCAUGCAUCAACUUUGGCUUGUCUAUAAAUAGUGGAAAUUUUCUCGCUGGAAAUAUUGGCACGAAUUCGAGAAUUAACUUUACAGUUCUUGGAGAUGAUGCAAAUGUUGCCUCUGGUAUUACCAAGCUGAACAGAAAAUUUGGAACACAAGUUUUAAUUGGACACAACACCUUUGAAAAAGUCAAAGAUCAAUUUGUUUGCUAUUUUGUAGACCAUGUUACACUCACAGGAAAGAGUCAUCCAGUUCGAAUUUAUACCAUGGAAUCCACUGUUAAAGAAGCUACCGAAAAUCAACUCAAAAUUCGCCAAUGUUCAAUGGAAAUUGAACAGUGUUUCUGCACAUCUGACUUUUCGCGAAUUUUGCGAGUGUGUGACACUUUGGAAAAACAUGUAUCUCCAAACAUGACAGGUGUUAUUGAAUAUUGGAAGGCAAACGCAUCCUCUUUUCUCCUCAAUUCUACCCCUCCUUCAGCUAAUGACUCUGAAGUGUUGCAUCAAGAUGUUUCCCAGAAAUAG